CUGUCCAGUGAGCGGGAAUUUCCGCCAUUGAAGAGCGCGGUAGGAAACCUGCUUCCUCUCGUAAAAGACACAGGUCAGCCGGUAGUACAGGAUAAAUAAAAUCUUUAAAAACAGCUGUUGAAACUUGCAUUGCUUUCAAAGGAAGAAGAUAUGUUUUCAAUAUUCAAAUACUGUGCGAUAGAUUAUUUAUAUGAGAAUGUAGUUAGAAAGAAGUCUUGCAGAGAUACUUUAUUGCUUCGAAUCCCUUCAUGUUUACAUCAACAUGGAAAUUAUCAUGCAGAAGUUAUUGAUAAUACAUUUAGGAGGCCAUGGACAAGAGUCUCAGCUGUUUCAGUUUGGGGAAUGACAGAUAGCUCAAUCUUGGAUCAGUGGAAAGCAAGCCUCGAUGUGGAAGGCUUCCUUGAGAAAAAGACAAUUACAGGAAUGGUGACUCAGAUUAACUGUGAAUUUGAAGAAAUUGUUCCAAGUUCAAAUCCAAACUCCCAAACUGAAUUCGAGGAAGCCAGCUUGCAUGCUUAUAAGGACUACAGUGAAGUCUUUACACCUAUUAGAUGUUCAGGAAAAUGGCCAGAAUUUCAAGGAGAAAUCCAAGAUUUGUUGUUUGAUCAUGAAGAAAUACUUUUUGCAGAUAAUUUGACUGCCUAUAAAAAUCAUCUACCAACAUCACAUACUUUGUUGAGUAAGCUAAAACCGUUUUUGCUAGAAGACCCCCCUUUAGACUUCAAAGAACAGAUCUUCACAGAAGCUAAUUUUUUCAGGGAAUGUUUCUCUUUUCAAGGAGAUUUGAAAGAUCUUAUAAAAGAAGAUUUUUACAUAGAUAAAGAGAACUUUUGUCGGGUGGAGCUAGAUGAUACGCCAUUAUUUUUGCUUGACUAUGAAGUAAUACCUCCAACUUUCAAAGAAGAAGUUGAUAUUCCAUCAUUUUCAGAAUUGAAGGAGUUAUUAAACUUAAUGCCAGAAAUAAUAAAUUAUGAAGAUGAAAAUGAAAAGCUUUUUAAAAAAGAUGUUACCACUAACCAUGGAAUUGACAUUGAGCAUAGAAAAUACAGCUCCACAGACAUUUUGGCCAUUCAAAGCCAAUAUGAACCAGAGAGCAAUGAACCAGAAGAGUUAGGAGAAGAGUUAGAAAUGCCAUUGUCUCCUCUACACCUAACAAACCAACAUUCUUCUGUGAAUUCAUUAUGUACAGAACUUCAGAUGUUUCCAUUUUCUCCUGUUUGUAAAAUAGGGAGUGGAGAAGAAGAAGGAAGAGACAGCGAGAAACAUCAAUGUGAGAGAGAAAUACCCAUAGGCUGUCUUCCACGCUCACCCGGAGGGACUGAACCUGCAACCCAGGCACAUGCCCCAACUGGUAAUGGAACCCAUGACCCUUCGGUUCACAGGACAACGCCCAACCAACUGAGCCAUACCAGCCAGGACUUGAAUUCACUUUUGCUUCCAGCAUGUCUAGACCAUAAAAGUUGUUCCUCAUCUAUUGCACUUAUUGAUGAAGAUUCUACAAAUAAUAAUUUAUCAUUUCCACAAAAAAGUCCAUCUCCAGGAAAAGAAGUACCAGACUUGUGUUUUUCUGAUGAAUAUAUCUCUAUUAAAAGUCCAACAAAAGAAAAACCAAAGGAUGACCAAGAACUAGUUUAUAGACUAAUCCAAAAUAAAAAAAGUAAAGAUUGCUUGGAACUUGAUUGCACAAUACUAUCCACCGGAUCAUCUUCAAAAAUUGAAAAACCUUCUUUUAAACAUGGUAAAAAAAGGGAAAAUGACUUGGACCUGUUGAAUGACUUUAUUAUGAUGCGAAAUAAACAUGAAAUUUGCACCUCAAACACUGAAGUUACAGAUAAUGAUGAAAAAGAUGAAUUUCAAAAUAAAGAAGAUACUUUGACUCCUCAAGAAGAAAGUCCUGUUGUUUACACUAAUAAAACUCUAGAGAAAAUAAAUUGUGAAAGGGGAGCAGAUAAUGUCAUUGAGAUUCAAGCAUCAGAGAGCCAGUGCCAAGCGUACUGUAUCCUUGAAGCAGCAGCUACUCCUAUCUUAAAAAAACUUGGGUGCCUCUGUACUCUCCCUGUUGCUAAUUGGAAAUUUGCCACUGUUAUUUUUGAUCAAACAAGAUUCCUCUUAAAGGAACAAGAAAAAGUAGUAAGUGAUGCUAUUCAUCAAGGUACAAAUGAUGAGAGAGACAUGACGUUCAAGCAGGCGGGUCUCUUACACCUUCUGGUCACAAUUCGUGAUAUCCUUUUAACAUGUAGCUUGGACACAGCAUUGGGAUAUUUGUCAAAUGCAAAAGAUGUGUACAAAAGCAUUUUAGCUUCCUAUUUGGAUGACAUUUGGAGACAGCUAGAGAUUGUACAAUUUAUUAAGGGAAAAAAGCCUGAAACCAACUACAAAAUACAAGAAUUACAAUGUCAGAUACUAAAUUGGAUGCAAAGUGAACAGCAAAUUAAGGUGCUGAUUAUAAUAAGAAUGGACUCAGACGGUGAAAAACAUUUACUCAUUGAAAUCCUUAACAAAAUGGAAGGUUUAACAUUGACUGUCUUACAUCCAAACAAAAGAAGAGACUAUCUGGAAUCUGAAGGUAUUUUAGAUGGUACAAGUUCCUGUGUAGUAGUACAUAAUCAAUCUAUUGGAGCAGAUUUCCCCUGGAGUAAGUUCUCAUUUGUCGUGGAAUAUAAUCACGGAGAAAACUCGUGUUGGACUAAACACUGUGAAAAAUGGAAUAUUCCAUUCAUGGCCUUUAAAGUGAUUCUUCCAGACACAGUUCUAAAAAGAAGCAAUUUGCCGGAUACUUUUGGUGGUUUUCUUUUGGAUAUUCAGAUUCCAUAUGUGUUUUUUGCAUCUGAAGGACUUCUUAAUACUCCAGAAAUACUUCAGUUGCUUGAAUCCAACUAUAACAUCACCCUAGUGGAGAGAUGCUGCAGUGAGUCACUGAAAUUCUUUGGAGGGACGGAGUGCUAUGUAGUAGUGACAGUUGAUGAACACACUGCCAUAAUUUUGCAGGAUCUAGAAGAACUGAAUUGUGAAAAGGCAUCAGACAACAUCAUUAUGAGACUGAUGGCAUUGUCAUUCCAGUACAGCUCUUGUUGGGUAAUUUUAUAUGCCAGGAAAACAUUGAGCUCAGAGUACUAUCUUACAGAAAAGACACUUCAUCACCUAGCACUGAUUUAUGCAGCUUUAGUUUCAUUUGGGCUAAAAUCAGAAGAACUGGAUGUAAAGCUUGUAAUUGCCCCUGGAGUAGAAGAGACUGCAGUGAUAAUUCGACAAAUUGCUGACCACAACUUAAUGACCUCGAAGAGAGAUCCUCAUGAAUGGUUGGAUAAAUCCUGGCUUCAAGUUUCACCAUCUAAGGAAGAAAUGUAUUUACUUGAUUUUCCAUGUAUUAGUCCAUUGGUGGCUCAGCUCAUGUUAAAUAAAGGACCUUCUCUUCACUGGAUAUUAUUAGCAACUCUUUGUCAGCUUCAGGAACUCCUACCUGAAGUUCCAGAAAAAGUGUUAAAGCAUUUCUGUGACAUCACUUCCUUAUUCAAGAUUAGUUCUUCUUCCAUAACAUCACCUCGAAUUUCAUCACCUGAGGAAACUAUGAAUCAGAGUAGAACCUUCCCUUCUCAGAGUUCAGCUUCUGGUUCUUCACACUCUGUCAUUCAAGAACACACUGAAUAUUGCCAGUACCCAGACUUAGAAGAGACUGUGCAGAAAGACACAAACACCGCUUCAGAUUACAACUCUUGCUUUGUGGGACUAAGGGAAAGAGAAAGGCCAUGCGUUUUACCAUCUGUGACUUCUUACAGACAGACCAGCUAUUGGAAAGACUCCAGUUGUAACCCUGAUAUAGUACAGAAUAAUCCCUUCCUGAUUAAUAUGGAAUCAAGGAACUCGGCUGGUAACUCCUUUCUAAACCAGAAUGAUUCACAGACAGAUGUCUUUUCUCUGGGUCUAACACAAAUGAAUUGUGAAACCAGAAUAUCACCAAUCAACAAUCAAAAGAGAGUUGCCUCUAAUUUUAUAAAUUCUCAGCAAAAGGGAACACAUGAAACAAAAAGACCUAUAAAUAAAGAAGUAUCUGCCCCUAUGUUUUCAUUAGAAUACUCUCAACCUCCUGCUCAUUGGAACUAUAAGAAAAAUGUAUGGGAACAAGAGAAUCACUCUUUCAAUUUACAAUGCAGUGCAGAGCAGACUAUGUAUGACAAAUGGUACUCUCAGAAAGAAAACCUGUACACUAUUCAGCAAAAGUGUCUAUCAAAUGAGUUGGGCUCCACAGGCAAAAGUUCAAAUGCUGAGACUCAUGAGACUUUCUGGGAAGAAUUACCAUCUGUCCCCGGUUUGGAUUUAUUUUGUUCGUCUGAUCCUAACCUAAAUCAAAAAGAAUUCAACAGUCUUUAUUUCCACCAAAGAGAUGGAACAUGUUUAGGACAGAAAAGGCAUGCUGAAUUUUCAUCUAACUCAGGAGACCAGAAAUCAUUAACAGAGUCCACGUGCUUACAACGACCACAAUCCAAAAAACAGCGUCUAGUGUAUGAAAAAGUCCCCGGUAGAGUCGAUGGACAAACUCGUCUGAGGUUUUAUUGAAAAAGAAAGAAUAGUCCUACAUGUCACAUUCCAUUGUUUUUGUUGAUAACCCAGUAACGAACUAAUUUAGAUUUGGUCACACAUGAAAGAAAAUACAACUGUUCAUAGAUGUUCUCGGUUUUCAAUAUUAAAUUCUCAUAAUAUAUA